UUAAUCCAUUCUCAAUUAAAUCCUCUUGUUGAUGAAAUUAUUGAUAAAUGUCGUCAAAAAUUGGAUAAAUGACGUCAUGAUUGUUAUACUCUAAUUGAUUAUUUUUAUGAAGAAAAAUGUUAAGAACUUCAACAAUGUUGUAUUCAACAAGCUAGUCAAAAACGAAGAAAAAUUUAUCAAUUAAAAUUAAAAACAAACGAACUUAUUCAAGAACAAGAAGCUAUACAUGACGAUAUUUUUUCAUUGAAAACAACUAUGAAUGAUAUCAAAUGUGAUGUUAAUUAA